AGUGAGUCACAGCUUCACACAACAGCAACACAACAGUGAGUCACAGCUUCACACAACAGUCUUUACUGUCGGCUCAUCUUUGAUCUCUGGAAAACGGAAGCGGACACGUCGCAGUUUUAUUUUGAAAGUACAGGCGGAAGCGGUGGUUGGAGCCGCGAGGAGUGUUUUCUCGGGUUGUUGGUCAAAAUGUGGUGCUGCUGACCCGGUUCGGUCGGGUGUUCGGGGAGGAUGGAGGCGUUCGGCAAGCUGACCAGCAUGCUGCUGAACGCGCUGGAGACGAGGGAACCCACGGCGGAUCUGCUGGACUCGUUUGUGGAUAACUGGAAGUCCGUAACUAACUACUACAUUGAAACAACAGAUGACAGCCGACCUGUAGGACAGACGGACAUCCCCUGGCGUCUCAGACAGAUGUUGGACAUCCUGGUUUAUGAGGAGAAACAGCAGGCUGUGGAGGACAUGGGACCUUGUUUGGAGUAUCUGCUGCAGCACAAACUGCUGGAGACUCUGAGCACUUUGGCCAAGGCUCAGUAUCCUCCUGGGAUGCUGCAGCAGGUGCUGAUCUUCUUCUGGAAGCUGCUCUCUCAGAUGCAGAAGCCUCUGCUGCAGCUGGUGAACGUUUACAGACCUGUGCAGAAGCUGAUCCGCCUCUGUGGGCUUCCUGGUUCCCUCACACAGAAGGAGGAAGCUCAGUUCCUAUUUGCUGUCUGCUCGGCGGUCAGGAAGGAUCUGGAGGUGCUCGGAUACGUGCUGGAGCCUCCGGACCAGCAGCUCCGCACACCGGCGUCCAAUCAAAACCCGGCGCCGCUCCUCCCCCAGUUGGCCGAGUCCAACCCUGUCCCACCAGCUGCCUGCCGGUCCAGUCCUGUGUUCCCAGAGAACGGUCUCAUUUGGGCUCUGAUGAAGCUGACCAGCAGUCAGAGGGCGUCGGUGCGCCUGAAGGCCCGCCAGAGUCUCCUGCUGCUGUCCGGCCUGCCGGGGGGGCCCUCCGCCGAGCUGCUGAGCGCAGACACGCAGCUGGCCGAGCUGCUGGCCGGGAGGCUGCAGGAGCUGCACGCCCUGCUGCCUGCAGACACGCUGGAUGCUGCAGCGCUGCAGAGCUGGCCGCACACGCCCUGGAGCGCAGACGACAAAUCCGAGUGUGCAGACGACCUGCGCAGUUUCUUCAUGUGGCUGGACUUCCUGGAUCAGCUCACCUCAGAGGCUCCACAGGUGCUGGCAGUGAAGGUGGCUCGGUGUUUUCAUCAGGCGUGGCUCCUGAGCUCUCUUCAUCCUCAGCUGAUUCACACGUGUGAGCAGGUGGUCUUGGGCUCCACCGCCGUCCUCUGCGCCGUUGUCAGACUGCUUACGUCCUCGUCUCUGUUGGAUCAGCUGGUCCACUUCCUGCUAAAGACCCCGCCUCUGAUGCCUCUGCUGCUGCAGCGCUGCGACCACAUCUCCGAUCAGAUUAGCAUGACGUCUCUGUGUUUGGUGGAGGAACUCCUACAGAAGCCCCACAGGGACAUUUUGGAUGUUCUGGUGUUGAGUUUUCUGCAGAGUCGCUCCUACCUGUCGGUGGGUCAGGAGGACCGAGCCGUGGACGGCAGCGAGAGCGGCGAGGACAGCCAAGACCUGGAGGACGACCCCUUCUUCUCUGACACCCUAUCGGACCCGCAGCUCCUCCCUCCUCCUCUUCCUGACUCCUGCACUGCUCCUCCUCCUCCUCCUCCUCCUCCUGCUGGACUGGGAUCCACUGCAGACAUUGUUAACAGUUUCCUGUGUCUGGUUCCUGUCCAGGUCCGAUCGUCCCAGCUGCUGCAGGAGGGAGGCUACGAGUCCUACGUCCACGACGCACACACACUGGUGACCCAGUGUCAGACUCUGUCCCUGUCCUGGGACUGGCCACAAGCCCUUCCCUGCCCUUCAGGAGAGGAGGCCCACUUCUUUGAAGGCCCACUGUUGAAGGUCCUGUUCGACCGGCUGGGACGCAUUCUGGAGCAGCCGUACGAGCUGAACCUGCAGCUGACGGCGGUUCUGUCCAGACUGUCGGCCUACAGCCAUCCUCUGCUGCACGAAUACCUGCUGGACCCGUACAUCCCCCUGUCUCCCUGCUCCAGGUCGCUGUUCUCUGUCCUCAUCAGGGUGAUGGGUGAGAUGAUGCAGAGGAUCCAGAAGAUUCCAGACCUGCCAGACCGACUGUUGAACACCAGGAGAGACCUGCUGGGAAUGAGCCACAACAAUGGACAGGAACACCUGACGUUGCUCAAAGGGAUCAUUGUCCUGGAAGAGUUCUGUAAGGAGCUGGCCGCCAUAGCCUUCGUCAAGCUCCCUGUGGAGAAGGACUUACCUGCUUCUCCUGGAUGUGGCUCUGAUCGACCUCAGGUAGAAACCUCUACCGAUACCCCCUGAUCAGGUGGCAGGACGCACAUCUCCACCCUGAAGGUAUGACAACAGCCACACCUAAAUAAACCCAGCGUGGGUUUCUGUUCCCACACGCCUGCCGGUUCCUGCUGCAUCACUCCUGAUUCAGCGGAUGAUCUCAUCAAGACGCAUCUAAAUCCUGGAACUGUUGUUCCUCCGAACCCAAAACCUUCAGCAGGUUCUUAUAGGCUGAACAGAACCAGGAUCAACAGCAGAACGGGAGGGACUUCCAGCUCCGGGUUUGUCGGUUCUUCCAUACUGACAGACGUUUACUGUUGGAUGAGGCCAACCAGAUCAGUCCUCAGAGCAGAAUCCACCUCUUCAUUCUCAAAGAAAUGAUCAAAUAUGGAAGCAGAGAAGAACUCCGGCCAGAACCUGAGUCCCACUGGAACCUGGAUUGACCCUGAUCCGGUAUCUGCACCAUCUGGAAAACGAAUGUUUUAGCCUGUUAGGGAUAUUUAUUUAAAGUAAGAGAAUUUUACAUAUGAUGUGGAGGAGCUGAGAUCGAUGGCGUGUUGUGUUGAUGUUUGUCACGUCCACCAGAACGGUGAGCUCCGAUGUGUCGGACGUGCAGCUCUGGCCGCGAGAGAUUUUUGUUUCCAAGAUGUGUCAACAAUAAAAACUAGACAAAUUAAA